AUGGCGUUCACAACGCGUCACUGCGUCUCCGAGGACUGCGAGGACUCCUCUGAUGUUCCGCUGAAGCUUCACUCUUUCCUGGAGUUCUUGGAUGCUUAGGUGUUCUCUAUGGUCGGCAGCAACACAGUGCACCAGGACGUCUCUUCCAGCGCAUCGGAGAAAAGCGCGGGGGAGUUGCUCGAGGCUGGCAUCCGUCGCUCGCUGCAACUCGCGCCGUCUAAUGCGGCCGCCGACCGCCAGCGCCAGUGCUACUGUCUCGUCAACGCGCACUGCAUAUGCGGACAAGUUCCCUCCCUGCUGAUGUUCAAUGCUGCAGCCGUUCUGCUGUCGCUGGCGCACGGUGUGACCAUCAGCAUCCCCAAGGCUGAUGCCGUCGCCGCCGCGUACACCUCGCGCACUGCAACGACAUCAUUUUUUGACGAGCCCAUGUACAUCCCGCUGUGCCUUACCCCUGUGACGUUCAUGACGCCCCUGCCAGUGAUGCCGCUGACGGCGACGCCCACGAUGCCAACGAGCACAACGUCAGCAGGAUGCCGAUGUUAA